AUGGAUCGACUUGUUGGUGAGAAAGAGGCUGCCCUAGCCAACUUGGCCUCGACAGAGACUCAGCUCCGAGGAAUCAAAGUAAAAAAUCUGGCCCAGGCCAAGAAGAUUGAUGAGCUUGAGGCCAAACUUGCCGCAGCCGGGGCUGAGGUUGCUGAAGCCAGGGCCGAGGUCGAGAGGACGAAGGCCACGACUGAAAAGACCAUUGCUGUGUACCUAAAGGAUGCCGAGGCUGCUCAAAUAGAACUAAGGGAAGUCUUCAACCGGGAGAAACGAGUUAGUGAUUUGGCCAAGUCUCAAUCCCGGAGGGAGACCCUUGAAGAGAUCCAUGCUCGAGGUUUCGACCUCACCGAGGAGAUAGCCCAAGCAAAAGAACUCGAGGUCGAUGCCAGGUUCCUCGUCUCCUCCUCCGAUGAUGACAAUGAUGAAGGCUGCCAGAGCGGGUCCGAUGAUGAAGCUGGGCCCGAAGGGGAAGCUGCUCCCAAAGGGGAGACCAGCCCUGGGCAUAGAUAG